GCCAGUGCAACCUCUGCAUCUGCUCUUCUUCUUGCACACACAUGCACAGAUGGUACUGCUACGAUAACACGCCGACACUGUCGCCAACACCCGUGUCAUGGGGACAGCGGCGACCACUGCGGACAGCGCCGCGCUCUCCACGACCACAGCAUCGGUGACGAUGGCUCAAGCUCCGACAACGGCCAGUGGACAAGGCAUUGAAGCGCUGAAGGACAUAUCAUGUGGCUCCCUGGCUGGCAUGGUGGGCAAGGUCUUCGAGUACCCAUUCGACACUAUCAAAGUGCGUCUGCAGUCUCAGCCAAACCGGCACCCUCUUCAAUACACUGGUGCUUGGGAUUGCCUUCAGCAGAGUUUAGCAAAGGGUGGGCUGAGAGGCCUCUAUCGAGGGUUGGGUGCACCGCUGGUCGGUGCUGCAGCAGAGAAUGCCUCGCUCUUCUGGGCUUACCGGCUCUCUCAAGAUGUACUCAAAGCAACCAUUUACUCCAGCAACACCGAUGGCGAGAAGCUGCCUAUCACGGCGCUCGUCACAGCAGGAGCCAUCUCUGGUUCCUUCACAUCACUGGUUCUUACACCAAUAGAGCUCGUCAAGUGCAGAAUACAGGUUCCAGCACAAUCACCUCUCGACCCGACGCUGCGAUCGACGCAGAGCAUGACGGCGAUCAUAGCCGACAUAUGGCGACGUGACGGAAUUGCCGGAUUUUGGAGAGGACAACUGGGCACGCUACUCCGCGAGACUGGUGGGGGCGCUGCAUGGUUUGGCAGUUACGAGAUUUCGACGUUGUACUUCAAGAGCUGCCUGGCGAACCCCGAGACCGAUGAGAUACCCCUACUGCGGCAGCUGUCGUCAGGAGCGUUUGCCGGCAUUAUGUACAAUUUCCUCUUCUUUCCUGCCGACACGAUCAAGAGCAAGAUCCAAACGGGAGAGCUGACGGGUGUAAAGCCUUCGUUCUACAACGUCGGAAAGGAGCUCUUUCGAGCGCACGGAUUGAAAGGGUUGUACCGAGGAUGCGGUAUCACGGUGGGCAGGAGCGUACCCAGCUCGGCGGCCAUCUUCUACAUCUACGAGAACCUGAGGAAGGUGCUUGGCUGAGACACGAACAAUAGACAUGGGCUCAUAGAAUUGGCAAGCAUAGCGCGGCGUUGGUGAGGGGGCGUUGGUGCUCCAUACUGAGAGUAGGGUUCACUCAGGCUAGUCUACAAGAUGAUGCCAUUUUCUUCGAGGCGCUUUGUGUAAUAAUUCCCUAGACAUCCACCUUGCUACAUGACGAACUUCGUGAGCAUUAACAGACCCUCGUCGUGCAAUGGGGGUCGAUGUGUGAUGCGUUGCUGGGCAGUCCCGGUGUUUGUUGUCCAUUACUCGAUGUAGAAAACAUGUUUGUGCGACG